AUGCCGAGCCCUACCAGUAAGCACCUACACAGGCAAGCUUGCGGUAAAGAAGUCAUUGAUGAGCCAAGUACUUUGUUGGCUUUAUGCACACCAAACGGCAAAGACCGAGCCAACUUCUUUCGCUCAUCUAUGUAUAUAGAUGAUAAGCAAUAUGUGUCAUUGCUCAUUGAAGAUAGGGGUGAAUAUUUCCUAGAGAUUUACAUUGGAUCCCCACCAGUUUCAGUCAUUGUGAUUGCAGACACCGGAAGUAGCCUCAUAUGGGUAAAAUGUUCCGGAGAUUAUAAGGCACACCACUUCAAUCCACCAAGUUCAUCCUCCUAUGAAACCGUUACUUAUAACUCCAAAUUUUGCAAGGCAUUGCGCAAAAUAAAUAUUGGGGACUCAAACAGUUGCGAAUAUGAUUAUUCUUACAGGGAUGGUUCACGAGUAUUGUCGUUAGUUUCUCAAUUGAAAUCCCAAAUAGAAUCCAAAUUCUCCUAUUGCCUACUUCCCAUCGGAUCAAUGAAAACUAAUAAGUUGAGAUUCGGAGUGGGAGAAACAAUUUCUAAUGUCAAGGUUGUGUCAACUCCACUUGUACUUAAAGAUCCUCCUACUCGCUACUAUUUCAGUCUCGAAAGUAUUAGCAUUGGAGGAAAGAGAACAAUCUCAAGUCAAAGUCGAGGUAAUAUCAUGAUAGAUUCUGGAACUACUCUUACAAUGUUGCACUCAAAGCUAUACAAUAAUCUCGAAACCAUUGUUAAAAAAUGGAUUAGUGGUACCCCAAUAGAAGAUCCACCGAAAGAAUUUAAAUUGUGUCAUGAAGCCAAAUUUAUUAGAGCUGAUGACCUCCCAACAAUGGUGUUCCAUUUUGAUGGUCCAGACAUUCACUUACAGUCUGCGCACACAUUUAUGCGAUAUCAUACUCAUGUGGUUUGUAUGAUAAUAGUCCCAAAUGAUAAUCUUUUAAUAUUUAGGAGUAUGGCUCAAGUGAACUUUCGAGUGGAAUUCUACGUCCAGAAUAGAAAAGGUUUCUUUCGCUGA